ACGGGUCCAUAACGACCUGAGAGCGAGCGCGGAAAGAGGAAGAAGGACACGAGUCGUGAUUCGACCGCCGCCUGUUUAAACGCGCAUCUGUUGAUUCCCUGGUGAAAAACAAACAAACUACAGAAAGCUUCCCAUUUUCUGAAUUUUAAUCGAAGCCAGGUGCUGAGGUUGAAAUUUCGGAAAUGACGGACGCGAUAUUACCGAACGGAUGCAAGAGCAACGGAGUGGGAGAGAAUGACUACUUCCGAAAGGGCUGUAACCCUCUGGCUCAGACCGGCCGCAGCAAACUUCAGACCGAGAGAGCGAGCCUCAAUCAGCAGAUCAUCAAAGAGAUGAGACUGAGAGCGGGGGCUGAGAAUCUGCUCAAGGCCACAGUCAACAAUAAAGUCCGAGACAUGGUGAUGCUGGAGCUGAGUUAUGUAAAUUCCAAUCUGCAGCUUCUUAUGGAGCAGUUGGAAGGUCUGAACAGUUCGGUAGAGGUUUACCAGAAUGUACAAGAUUCAGCCAUUAUCCCUCUCAUUCCUUUGGGUCUGAAGGAGACGAAAGACGUGGACUUUUCUGUACCCUUCAAGGAUUUCAUCCUUGAGCAUUACAGUGAGGACGGCACACGAUUUCAGGAUGAAAUUGAUGAUCUGAUGGACAUCAGAAAGGCAUGCCGCACUCCAAGCCGUAAUGACGCAGGAGUGGAACUGCUCGCCAGCUACUUCAGCCAGCUCUCACUCCUGGAGAGUCGCUUCUCCUCCCCGAACCGCCAGCUGGGCAUCUUCUUCACAUGGUACGACUCUUUUACUGGCGUACCAGUGUGCCAACAGAACAUAUCCCUGGAAAAGGCCAGCAUCCUGUUCAACAUGGCCGCCCUGUACACCCAGAUCGCCACACGCAGCGACAGACACACACAGGCUGGCCUAGAGGACGCCAUCAGCACCUUGCAAAAAUCAGCCGGUGUGCUUAAUUACCUGAAGGAGACCUUUACACACACUCCCAGCUACGAUAUGAGCCCGGCCAUGUUGAAUUUGCUGAUAAAGAUGAUGUUGGCUCAGGCUCAAGAGUGCGUGUUUGAGAAGAUUACUCUCCCUGGAAUCCGUAAUGAGUUCUUCAGCCUGCUCAGGAUGGCACAGGAAGCUGCCAAGGUUGCAGAAGUGUAUGAACAGGUCCACCAGACCAUGAUCCAGCCCCCUGUUAAGGACAAUGUGCCCUUUUUCUGGUCCACCAUGGCGCAAGUCAAGGCCCAUCACUAUCAUGGCCUCGGCCAUUACUUCAUUUCCACCUCCCUGCUGGACCAUGAGUUAACCCUCAGCGAUGAUGAAGAUAAGCAAGAGAAAGCCCUCUCUCAGGUGUAUGACACAAUGCCCGAUGGACGCUCUCCCCUCGAGAUCCUGCGCAAGAAACAGGAGCGGCGUCACAUAGGUAAGGCUCACCUGAAGCGUGCAAUAAUAAACCAAGAGGACGCAUUGCGUAACCAGAGCCUGUGCCCUCACCUCCGCAAGCUGGACAUGCUCAAUACCAUUCUUGAAGCAAGCCACAAGCGCUCACUUGCAAAAUUUGAGCAAAAUGACAACGAAGAUGAGUUCACCGAUUACAUGGAGGCACCAGACAUCAUCUCUAAAACUGAGCAGAAAGCAGAAAUGGAGGUUCCUGCCACCACUAAGGUGAAAGUCAAAGACUUGUUCCACCGACUGGGGCCGUUGUCAAUAUUCUCAGCUAAACAGAAGUGGACGGCACCACGUACACUUAGAAUAAAGCCUGAGGAUCGAGACCUGGGGUUUACGCUGAAGGGGGAUGCACCUGUCCAGAUCCAAUCACUAGACCCCCUAUGUCCGGCAGCUGUGGAUGGCCUGAAAGAGGGUGAUUACUUGGUUGCCGUUGGCGAUACCGACUGUAAAUGGAUGGGUGUGAGCGAUGUCAUGAAGCUGUUAAAGGAUGUGGAUGAGGAAGGCGUCGACAUAAAAGUCAUUAGCUUGUUGGACAGCAGCAUCCAGGCCAUGCCACCAAAAAGUGCCACAUUCUCAGGAGGCCUUCCAAAAACCUACUCUAUGAUCUGCCUGGCUGAGAACGACAACGGGAAACAUUCGAAAGCACGAAAAGUCACCAAGAAGACGUCGUUUCUCAGCUGGGGGCUAAAGAACAAGCAUAAGAGCGCCAGCACUCUCAGCCUCCCCACAGUUGAUAGUAAACCCUCCAUCCCCAGGUCUUUUAAUGACAGUUCCCUCUACUGAAGACACGGACACAGUGGACACUGACCUGCUGAUUGUGGCACAGGGCUCUCAGGCACGCGUACAAAGUCGAACAAUCAGUGGUAAAGUAGUGAAGGAGGGGGGAAAAGAGACUUUUGCGCACAGUUCUUUAAAACCUUUGAGAAACCCCUGGAUGUUUUAUAGGUUACAUAGUCAAGUUGUUCUGCCCGCAUAGAUAACACACUUCAAGGAGCUCAUUUGUUUGGACAUCUGUGCAUACAUAAAUGUGUUGUAUAUCUGGUACAGUAUAUCGCCUGUCUGUGCCAUUCGUGUGGGAAAUCUACAGGGAAAUGCACAGCUAUUCUGUGAUCUUGCCAGUGAGGAAAAAUGAAGAACCCCGUGCUUUUACCAAUCACAAACAUUCAACUGCUGCUGCUGUAAAUAUUCUUUUUUUUUUUUCACUGUUUUUCUAUCAAAGAGUCUGUGAUUAUCAAGUCAAGAAGUUAUUUACUUAGGUUAAAUGCCCACGGUUCCACAGGAACACACUGAAGGAAACAGUAAAAGAUACAGGAAAUAUUUGAAGUAACACUAACCUUUGGAAUAUUUUGGAGCAUUUUUUUUUUUUAAGUAAAUGUUAUAUCAGAGUGUUAAGUUUGUGUAAUGUGAAUGUUCAGUGGGUGGUUUAUGUAUUAUGUUACUGUACCAGUUCAGUGCUUCUCUCUGUGUAUUAUACAACAUGCUUCAUUGUUCAUUUAGAUAGAAGAUGGGAGGUUGGGUCGUGCCUGGACUCUGGUGUAGCUUGAGUUCAAAAUGUUGCCAAUCUCAAGUGUGAUGGAUUUAAGAAGAACCUCAUUCAGUAUAGAGAGACUAUUAUUCUUAAUAUUAUUUUAUGUAGGCUAUUUUCUAACACCUUCUAAAGUGUUGGACGUACUUCACUGUCUACAACGUAGAUACUUGUACACAUUUGAUAAUCAAAUAAAUAAAAUGCACAUAGAGAAAAUGAUCUAUAAAUAUAAGUAUGUAUUUCUUUAACAUAUUUAGCGAUAUAGUCCCACUGUGGCCUUGUUGCACAUAGGUGAUGUCAUAGGUGAGCAGUUGAACUAUUAUUAUUUUAAAUUAUAUAUACAAAUGUAAAAUGGUCAUUUAAAGUCUGUGUUACGUAUUUGAUGAACUUCUCUAUUCUUUAAAUGGCCCUUUUAGUGUUUUCUUUCUUUCUUUUUCCAUUGUAUUCCGAUCCUUAUGUGUGUUUGUGUACAUGUCUGUCUCUGUGUGUGUUGAUUGUCACUUUUUAAGUCUUUAAACUGACUUUCUCCUGAGUAACGUUUUAUACAUCUCAUUUUCUUUGCGAAAACCAGAGCUGCAAUAUCUAGGCUUGUUUUUUUUUUUUUAAGCACAUGUAAUAUUGGGAUUUUAAUAAAAAUAAAAAUUUGUGAAAUUGGAUGACAUUUAAAGGUUGAUUGUGGCUCCUUGAUUAUGGCUAUAAUAGCACACUAUUUUAAAAAGGUAUAUUUAUAUUUAUAUAUUCUGGGUCAAUUAAUUAACGUAUUAGUGAAGUUAAACGAGCCUAUAAAGUUACAUUUUCUCUGUGAUCUAGAUUUGCUGUUCAGUUUCUGUUGCACGCUACUGUUUGUUCUGAGUGGAAAUGUUGAAAUGAGGCUUAUUGGGUGAUUUUUUUUUUUUUUUUUUUCCUCUUUUGUCACUUUGUUGUAUACAAACCUGGAUUAAAAAU